AUGCGGUUUAGAAGUCAGCUGACCAAUGUGGGCACCUUUGCAAAACUUGCCGCCUCUCUCAACUCUUUGGGGAAAAUAUGCUGGAUGAGGCUGGAACGAGAGACAGUGCAUUUUACUAUCAUUCCAGAUCAAGGAACACAAGUCUGGGCUGUGUUACCGGCGGAAGCUAUCUUUGAUGAGAGUUAUGUACUUGAAGCCGCAGCUGGUGCUGUCAAUCUCGAGGUUCCUAUUGCCGCACUUUCCCGUGCUCUACGGUCUGCAAUUGGCGACAAAUCUGCUCAAUUACGACUGACUCGCAAAGGCAACGUCCCGCUUCUUGCUCUAACUGUUGUGUCGUCUUCUUUAAUUCCAGGAAAUAUUCCUGUUGGUUCUGAAGUCGACGAGUUUGGUGAAAUUGACCAUGAUCAGGUCCAGUCGAAUGCGCGUGCGAAUGCCCCUCGUGAGCGCGAAACAGUGAUCACACAGGAAAUACCAGUCAAGGUGCUGCAUCAAUCCGCAGUUGAAGGCUUACAUGAGCCCCGCUGUCGAGAUCCUGACGUUCAUAUCAUCUUACCAAAUCUAGCACAGCUCAAAGCGAUCUCAGAUCGCUUCACAAAACUUGCAGCGAGCAAUGGUAAAUCGAGUGGAGGAGCCUCGCUGGCGUCCGGCACAACUGGCCCCAAACUGCAAUUGAGUGCCAAUAUGCAUGGCUCACUGAAGAUUGGAAUUGCAACGGACUCAUUGCGGAUCUCAAGUGUCUGGACAGGAUUGACCAMCCCGCCACUCGAUCCAAGACAGAUGCAGGGAACAGAUAUUGACCAGCUUCCCAGUGAGCGGAUGAGACAGCUCGGUAAUUCGGCCGAUGAUGACGAUGGAGCGGGGUGGGCAAAAUGCAAAGAUGUUUUUCCGAGCGACGAAGCGAAAGAAGCGCAUGAGAAUCUACAUCAAACACACGAGCUCACAUGCGUCCAAUGUGGUCAAAAAUGCGAUACCCCAUACGAAUUACGACUACAUUAUGACUAUCACGAUGAUAUGGAAUUUCGACAAACUAGAAAGGAGGUCAGCUCCAGCAAAUCCAGCCACCGAAGAGCCUCCAGUCAUCCGCAGAUCAAUCACGGAGGUUCAAUAUCCAUUCCAUUGAGCCCUACGGAGAACGCUAUAAGGCGGAUACACAAGCGGAAGUCGCAGAGACUACUUGAUGUCUGGUCUUUGAAAAAAGCUGGAAAAGGCGAGGAAGGGGAGAUUGUGGCCAUGGCUUUCUCACUUCCUGAAGAUAUGGAAAGAGUUCAUGCUAUCGAUGGGAGACUACAGGACGUGGAAGCUCGUGCUGUCGUCAACUUUCCCAUCACUCAAUUCACGACAUGGCUUGAUAUGAGGGAUAAUGACGAAAAAUGCCUCGAUUCGCCAACAUGCAGCGAGAAAGACAGCCUAUCGGAAAAAGGACGGCCGUCUCUCGAUGAAGAUAAAGCUGCUGUUGCACCCCGCCGAAUGUCUCUGCUCAAAUCCGUCCUUGGCUUGAGAUUACCAAAAAGACUAUCUAGAUCAGAUACGUCAGCGAGCCAGCCUCGUAAAUUGAUGAAAAAGGAAAAUUCCGUACGAUUCUCUUUCGUGUCGAAGCCGAAGAAAAGUGGAGAGACAACGAGAAGCGAAAGCCGCAUCAGCAAUAGGAUUCUUGAACCAUCAGAAAAGACGAUGGACCUCGGGUUACCGCGUAUGGACGAAACCGGUGGCAGUGACGGCAAUCCGUUUAUCCAUGUACGAAUCUCGGCGGAUGGGGCCAUUGUCGAGGACAAGUCUGGACGACGCCGCGUGCUUCAGAUGGAACAAAUAGCUCACAUUUAUUCCGUGGUGUCUGCAGAUACGUCACUUGCCUCUAUCAAAUCGCGCAUCACCUCGUUACAAUUUCGCGCUGAGACGGAUCUAGAAGGCGAGAACCCGAGGGAUGCUAUCCUAGCAUACAAGGAAAUCCUAGAUAGUCUUAGUAGGUAUCCGGCCCUGGAUACCAAUCUCCGCAUACGAUCAGGCAUCUAUCACCGAUUGGGAUCUGUAUAUAGCUCUCUCGGGGCGGCUGGAGAGUCAGAGUAUUACUUUCUCAAGGCCUUAGCGAUAUACAGGAGGAUAUAUGGACGUGACCAGAGCGUUAUUUAUGCUUUACUCAACGACAUUGCUAAACUGUGCGAGAAGGAUGGAUAUGCGACAGAAGCCUCAGCUCUCUACGAACGAGUACUGGCUGGUCGAUUGAGGGUCCUAGGACACAAUGAUCCGGAGACACUACAUUCCAUGCAGGAGUUAGCCAGCAUAAAAACGAACUUGGGAGACGUUGAGUCAGCGCUUCAGCUCCUUGAAGAUGCUGUCCCGGCAUUUGAAACUGUCUUGGGUUUACAAAAUGAGAGUACAUUGGUUGCGAUGAGUCACUUAUCGAUUCUAUACCAAAAGCUGGGCUUGAAAGAAAAAUCGCUCGCUGCAUCCCGGAAGAUACUUCCAUACUGCAAAAAUGUCGUUGGUUAUGACAGCAUCUUGACAAGAAACACGGUUAUCAGGUAUCUCGAAGAAUCCGAAAGCUUCGACUUCCCGACAGAUGUAAAAUCGAUACUCGAUCACUAUCGACGAUCUCGAUCUGCUGAGAGUUUUCGCGUGCUCCAGACUUUGGGUCGGGCCUAUAUGGAUUCUGGUCUAAACCGAGACGCUUGUGAAGUCUUUUUGUCUCUAUUAGAUGAGACGACUGGAGCCAAGGAAUUGGAUUCGCUGGAAUUUUUCGAUGCAUUGAGCGCUUUAUGCGUGGCUUUAGAGCAUCUGGGACAUUUCGAUGAAGCCAUCAAAAACUAUGGACAGCUUUUGCAAUCGGCGCACAAAAUGCCCUCAGAUCAUCCCUCACGGUCUCGUAUGGAUUACGCUAGGAGUCGAGUGACGGAUUUAAUUCAUCGACGUGAGGUUUUGACAGCCGAAAGACGCGCAUGGGAGAUGUUUGAAGAUGGACCUUGCACAUAUUGUCAAUCGAAGACAAAAUCCGUUGCAAUCACCCCACGGUGUCCUCCAGCUGUGCAGAAUGAUGCUCUCAGCAUGAUUCUUCCUGCUGAGAGAGGCAGUACACCCCCAAGCAUCACAGCGAGUCAUACCGUAUACCUCGAUCCACGAAAUUUUACAACUUUCCGCAUGAAACUAAGUUCCAACGUCAACACGCUUUUGGUAUUCUCCCCAGAAGCCGAUAUCAGAUAUACUAUUAUCGGCAAUUUAUCCGAGUCGGGCUCCGACCAAGUCUCCCUACCAGCAUCAGCAUCCGUCUCCAUAUCUGCGGGGAAGAAGCCCUCGAAUAGGACGACAUCCACCCUUACAGGUCAUGAAUGGCUCACACCCGCACAACAAGAGUCAGUAUCAAUCACACCAAUGGAGCAGUCCGCUGCCAUAUAUCUGGUCGUAGCGCCAGGGGAGCAAAUGAUGAAGAGCCUCGUGGAGAAAAGAGUGCGAGCUCGCAGUGGCGAUGGAGAGAAAGAGUAUUUUGAGGCACUAGAUAUUCCAGACUCGAAACUUAUUGAGUUCGCGCAGGGUUUAAUGAUGAAUGGAUAUAUGGGUGAGGCUUUUUUAUAUAUUGUUGGGUGGAUGUAA